GAGUGGAGUGCGUGGCUCGGCCUCCGCGUGCGCAGGCGGUGCGUGAGGGCGGGGCAGGACGGAGGCGUUGAUCCGGCCACGUUUGGCCCGGCCGUUCCGGCAGCGGCUCGAGGGGGGGUGGUAUACAAAAGGGGGUGGUGCUGGCGCUGCAGCCGGAUCCGGAUGCGGCGCUGUGACCGGCGUGGAGACUGACGCGCCUGGAGGGGAACGUGGAUCGCUUCGGUGCGGUGAGACUUUACUGGGAAGAUGAAACCCGAUGAAACACCUAUGUUUGACCCAAGUCUGCUCAAAGAAGUGGACUGGAGUCAGAAUACAGCUACAUUUUCUCCAGCCAUUUCUCCAGUGAAUCCUGGAGAAGGCUUGGUUUUGAGGCCUCUUUGUACUGGCGACUUGAAUAAAGGUUUUUUUAAGUUACUGAGUCAGUUGACAGAGACUGGUGUCGUCAGCCCUGAGCAGUUCAUGAACUCUUUUGAGCACAUGAAGAAGUCUGGGGAUUACUAUGUUACAGUUGUGGAAGAUGUGACCCUAGGACAAAUUGUUGCUACAGCAACUCUGAUCAUAGAACAUAAAUUUAUCCAUUCAUGUGCUAAGAGGGGAAGAAUAGAAGACGUCGUUGUUAGUCACGAGUGCAGAGGGAAGCAGCUCGGCAAACUGUUAUUAUCAACUCUCACUUUGCUAAGCAAGAAGCUGAACUGUUACAAGAUCACCCUUGAAUGUCUACCACAAAACGUCGGCUUCUACAAAAAGUUUGACUAUACAGUAUCUGAAGAAAAGUACAUGUGUCUGAGGAACCAAAAGUAAAGACCACCAUCAAGAUGAUGCUCAAAGGCUUUCCUGUUCAUUUUUGUUGCUGCAGCCAGUGAACUCCAUACUUGCUAGACUGGAGAACCACUGUAGUGUGCAAUGUAGUAGUGACAAGAGCAUGCCUGUGGCUGCUGGGACUUGCUCUGAGUUAAGAGUACAAAUGAUCACAAAGGGGAUGAUUUUUAACCAAAGGAAUAUAUUUUCAACUUGAAUCUUUUCUUGCAUUGUAUUUUUCUAAAGUUUAUCUUCAUUUUUGAUCGUCAAGAAUAUGGGCAGUAAGAGUUAUGUCUGCUCUGUGCUGCUCAUUUUUAAAUAUAUGUAUAUAUAUAUUGAAUAAGGCUGUUUCUUAUCACAUAAAAUUAUUUUUGUCUCAUACAUCUAAGCAGACUUAAGGGUGCACCGUUUCUCACAUUACAGGGAGUCAGAUACAUCUGUUGUUAUAACCAGAUACAUAUCUACACAUGUAAACAUGGUUGAACCUAAUACCACACACAACGUGGACAGUCUUUUAAAGAAACAAGAGAAAUGAAAACUGACAAGGUACAACAGUUUAAGUAACUAUUUUACUAACUGUUUGUAGAGUUCUGUGCAGACACUGCCCACCCACCUGUCUCACCUGUCACAUGAUGUUAGAAUCAUCCAAGGGCA